AUGUGUACGUUAUCUAUCUAUCUAUCUAUCUAUCUAUCUAUCUAUCUGUAUGUUCCGAUCUUUUCAUAUCUGUCCAGAUGUGUUCGUUAUCUAUCUAUCUAUCUAUCUAUCUAUGUUCGUUAUCUAUCUAUCUAUCUGCGUAACUGCGUUCGUCACUGGAGGAUUAUAAAAACGAGCGUAGCGCAGGUGCGGGCGCAUGCGCAGGCUCAGAACACGAGAAGACGGCAAGAAAAACUGAUCCCCUGCGUAUAUCUAAUUAUCAAAGCAUUUUCAUCUAUCUAUCUAUCUAUCUAUCUAUCUAUCUAUCUAUCUAUCUAUCUAUCUAUCUAUCUAUCUCAUUUUCCUUCUUUCUUUUUUCUUUUCCUCCUUGAUUUUCCUUUUCUUCUUGUUUUCUUUUGUUUCUUCUUUUUUUCCUUUUUUUAUGCGUUCUUCUUCUUUACCACCUUUUCUUCUUUUUCUUCUUUUCUUUUCGUUUUUCCUUUGCAUAUUCUUUUUUUUCUUCUUCUUCUUCUUUCUUUCUUUCUUUUUCUUUUUUCCUCUUUUUCUUUCUUGUCUUCCAUUUUUCUUCUUUCUUUCUUUUCCUUUUUCUUCUUUUACUUUUGUGUGUGUUUUUCCUUUGUCGUUUUCCUUUUUCUCUUCAUCUUUUCCUUUAUUUUCUUCUUUUUUCUCUUUUUUCCUUUUUCCUCUUCUUUUCUCCUUUUUCGUCUUCAUUUUCUUAUUUCCUCUCCUUUUUCUUCUGCAUGUUUUUUUCUUUCUUCUUUUUCUUCCUUUCUUUUCUUCUUCUCUCUUCUUAGUUUCCUUUCUUCUUUAUAA